GAAAGCUAAUACUAGCUUCGUCGUUCAUACCGAAAAACCAAAAAAACAGCCUCGUUAAGAACUUUCUUUUUGGUUUAGCAAUUUCAUCGUCCUCAAAGUUGACUGAGUACGACAAUGGCAACAACCACCACUGUUCCAGGUCGUUACACCCCAAUCCAACCAUCAACCUUCCCACCACCACCGUUCUCCUCCGCCACCGACUUCUCCUCCCAAAUCCACCACUCAAUCUCCUCCACCCUCCGCCCCUGGUCCCAACUCUUCUCCCUCUCCUCCCUCAGCCUCCCUCUGUCCUUCUCCGAAGCCUCCUUCCGCAUCCGAACCAACCUCUUCCACUUCCGCCUCAACUACACCAUCAUCUCUCUCAUCAUCCUCCUCAUCACCCUCAUCUACCACCCCAUCUCCAUCAUCGUCUUCCUCUUCACUAUCGCCGCCUGGUUCUACCUCUACAUCUUCCGCCACGACACCUUGGUACUCUUCAAUCGCACCAUCGACGAUCGACUUGUGCUGAUUCUGCUCAGUCUGGCCACUCUUGUUGCCCUAAUUUUUACUAACGUCUGGCUCAACGUCCUCGUUUCGAUGCUGAUUUCGACCGCGGUGGUUUGCUUACAUGCUGCGAUUAGGUUUCCCGACGAUGUUGAUGAUCAGGAAUCUCCGUACGGGCCGUUGCUUUCGGUGGUGGAUAGUCCCAGAGGGUAUUAUAGCCAGGUUUGAAUUCAAUUUCGGAUUUGGGGGUUCACUGUGUCUGGAAUUGGAAAAUAAUGAUUUGGAUUUGUAUGUUGUUGUAGAGUUGGGUAAUUGUUGGAUUGAUGUAGUUUUUGAUUAUAUACAGAUUCAGCGUUGAUAAAUCUCCCAUCUUUUUUACUGCAAUUGUUUAGUUCUAGCUCGGUUUAAUAACAAUCAGUUGAUUUGUUUUAGUUGAUGUUUCA